UCUCUCUCUCUCUCUCUCUCUCUCUCUCUCGCGCGCGCCGGAAAAGGUAAGAUUCCGACCACCCGCUAAAAAUGUCGAGCAACAACUGGUUACUCUCUCUCAAGAUCGUGCUGAUCUCCACCGGCGUAGUCUCCAUGGCCGUCGCGCUGAAGCUCUCGGUUCCGGUGGCCGCGGACAUCGUCGCGUCGCAACUACCUUCUCUAUGGAGCUCUCUGCUCUCUUGGCUCAGACCUCCUUACCUCUACAUCCUCAUCAACUGCAUCAUCAUCAGCAUCGUCGCCUCCUCCAAGCUCCACAGUGCUCCCAAACCCGAAGACCAUCACGACUCCGAAAUCAUCAUCCCGCCGCCGCCGGAGAUGGCCGUCGUCCCUCCGGUGAAGAUCUCCGCCGCGGAAGCGAGGCCUGACUACGCGGCCUACAACGGCGUCGCUCUGAGCGACUACGGCUACGACUCGCAUGUGUUGCCCAAGGAUUCCGAUUCGUACGGCGGUGCAGUGGCGGCGGAGACCGUUGAGGUUUUGGAGCCGGAGAAUGAGAUGAUCAAGGUUCUGGCGGAGGUUAACGGCGGUGAUAACGCCGUCACCGCCGCAUCCAGGCCUGCACGGAGUGGUCUGCAGAGGAAGGAUUCCAUGGAGUUUUGGUUGAAUGAGAACCAGAAACCGCCGGUUUCUUCUAGAUUUGCUCACAGAAAAUCCAUCAGAGCUAGCCCUGAAGGAGGGAAGUCGUUGGGAGUGUCGAGGCCGAAGAGGCACGACACGCUGGAGAGCACGUGGAAGACGAUAACGGACGGCCGCUCGGUGCCGUUAACGAGGCACUUGAAGAAGUCCGACACGUGGGAGAGGCGAAUGGACCAGAAUACCCCUCCUCCUCCUAUGGCUGACAAGAUGAUGCACAAGUCGGAGACGUUCCACGAGCGGAGCAGCACGACGGCAACGGGGUCGCCGGUGAGUGGUCAGUCGGCGGGGAGGCUGAGGAAGGAGCCUUCGCUGAGCCAGGACGAGCUGAACCGGCGGGUGGAGGCGUUCAUAAACAAGUUUAACGAGGAGAUGAGGCUGCAGAGGCAGGAGUCGUUGAACCAGUACCAGGAGAUGGUCGGCCGUGGGGCCCAGGCGGCGCCGUUGGCUCAUUAGGUUAAACUUAGGGCUAUUUUGGUCACCUUCUCUCUAGUUCUCUAUCUAUCCCAAAAAGAGCUGGUUUUCUAAAUUAGUGAACAAAAACGAUGAUGUUCAUAGUAUAUCGGGUUUGGUUUGUUUUGUUUUGGCAAUGUCCAUUGGUUUUCCCUCUAGUUUGUUUAAGAGGGAUG